CAAAGAUAAGUCCGAUAUUUGAUCGAAUAAUAAAAUAAAAUAUAUAAAAUUUUGGCCAGCCGACAACAUGGGCGAUGUGGACAAAUGGAUAGAGAUUGUGAAGGAGUGCAAGUACCUGCCCGAAAAUGAACUGAGGAAGCUCUGUGAUAUGGUCUGCGACAUCCUCCUGGAGGAGACGAACAUACUGCCAGUGAGCACGCCCGUCACCGUCUGCGGCGACAUACACGGCCAGUUCUAUGACUUGGAGCAGCUGUUCCGGGAGGGCGGCCAGGUGCCGGAUACAAACUACAUAUUCAUGGGAGAUUUUGUGGAUCGGGGCUACUACAGCCUGGAGACAUUCACCCGCCUGCUGACGCUGAAGGCGCGCCACCCCAGCCGAAUCACACUGUUGCGCGGUAACCACGAGACGCGACAAAUAACCAAGGUGUAUGGGUUCUUUGACGAGUGUUUUGGCAAGUAUGGCAACACGAAUGGCUGGAAAUACUGCUGCAAGGUCUUCGAUCUGCUUACCAUAGCUGCGAUCAUUGACGAGGAGAUCUUGUGCGUGCAUGGCGGCCUGAGUCCCGAGAUUAUAACCCUGGAUCAAAUACGAACCAUCGAGAGAAAUGGUGAGAUACCGUACAAGGGAGCCUUCUGUGAUCUGGUCUGGUCCGACCCGGAGGACAUGGAAUACUGGGGCCAGAGUCCGCGCGGCGCCGGCUGGCUCUUUGGCCACAAUGUCACCAAAGACUUCAUGGCCAUCAAUAAUCUCGAUCUGAUCUGUCGUGCCCAUCAGCUGGUGAACGAGGGCAUCAAGUACAUGUUCGAUGGCAAGCUGGUGACUGUCUGGUCGGCGCCCAACUAUUGCUACCGCUGCGGGAAUGUGGCGGCCAUCCUCAGCUUCGAGACGGCGCAGCAACGGACAACGAAGAUCUUCCUGGCCGUGCCCGACGAUGAGCGUGUCAUACCCAAGCAGAAUACGACGCCCUAUUUCCUCUAAAUCCAUCCCGCACAGCUGUGGUAUUUGCUUCAACUCAGGAUUGGGUCUGCGGCUCCCCAAGGUGCUGGUGAAGGAGGAGCCAGUCCAUCCAAUUGUCUACCUAUGAAAACCAAUCCACCCCGUAAAAACGCCAUUCGCCAGCAGCCGCCUUUACACCUGUAGUUUGCUCUUCCCUCUUUACUGUAUCGCCACAAACAUAUCUCAAUUUAAGAGGAACAGAACGGAGCGAAUGUCUGUUCCAGCUGUUUCAUCGGUUGGGAGGAAAUGGAUAGGGGGGGAGCAAACGCCUUUAUAUAGAUAUAUACAUACAUAUAUAGGUAUAUAUAUUCAUUUCAAAUGUGGAUUCCAAUCUUAUUUAUUUCUGUGAGCAAACAAAAUUGCAAUUACAAAUUUGUGUACAUUUUUUAACGAUAUUUACGCAACAAAACCACUUAUGUUUCCCCAACAA